AUGGCAUGGAGAUUGGUUAAGAAAAUAGGUCGUGGCGUUGGAUUGAUAUGCGUCCCGAUCGCAUUUCUCGACGGAAUCGGGCAACCCGCAUUUAUUGAGGGAACAUCAAUGGAAGUGAGUACAAACUGCCGUGUCUUAUUGUCGAGUUUCUUGUCUUUGCCGUAAAUCUUGAGUUGUUUUAGCCGACCUUGCAUGGAUCAGAUUCUCGCUGGUGGAAGAACGACGUAGUUUGGCUCAGGAAACAAUUUAUCCGCCCCCAUGAAAAAGAAAUAUUUGUUUUUAUGUAAGUUGCUUAUUCCCAUUUAUUUCAAAGUUUAGAUCGCCGAGGGAUGAGAAGCAACGAUUGAUCAAAAGGAUAUCAGCUGAGCCAGGAGAAUUAGUGCAUUGGAAAGAUUCAACAAGGUGAUUAUCUAUUUCAUUUCUUUACUUCUUUUCGUUCUCUGAUUUAAUUUUUUAAGAUUUGUUGUUCCACCUCAUCAUUAUUGGGUUAGAGCUGACAACCCGAAGAAUGCAAUAGAUUCAACGCACUUUGGUCCAGUGAAUAUUGGGCUCUUCGAAGGGAAAGUGACCCGAGUUAUUUGGCCUCCAGAGCGUUGGCAACGGCUUUAG